UGAUGUAGGUACCUUUUAGAUAUAACAUUGACAGAUGAAUUUUUACAGAUAUUUUUGUAUUAUAAUAAGUUUUGUAACUUUAUAUAUACAAGCAAAGGAUGAUAUUAAUAUAAUGAAUUAUGGUCUGGAUGUCGUAUCGCCAUUUUCAAUUGGGUUGCAAUUUUUUGUUAAUGUCAAUAAUACCUCUGACAAUGAUAUCGAAGCUGAACUGAUUCCAGAUGAAUGCUGUCUGAAGAUGGAACCUAAUUUAAAUUGUGAUAUUUUAGAAGCAAUUGGAGACUGUAUUCAAAACAUUCCUAAAGGUUCAACUAAAAUGUUCAAAAUGGUAGCGCCACUGUUAGAUCCAUUCGAAAGAUAUGGUUACUGUGUAUUCAAUUUGGAUUCAGUACCAGAAGAUAGGCACAAAGGGGUGAAGAGAAUCGCUGUAAAAAUACCAUUUGAUACACGUUUAAAAAACAAAGAACAAACUAUGGAAAUACCAGAAAUUAUAAAACUUUGUAGCAAAAUAGAUGAAGAUCCAUUAAAUAAUUGUAAACCAGUUGACUGUGAUAUAUAUUAUAAUGGCAGAAGAUCUUAUUUUAAUAAAAGACUUAGUAGGUGCUCGCAUAUACCUAAAUGUAUAUCUGAGUUUGGAAACAAUAUCAGUAGUGUAAUUUACAAUCCAAAUUCAAAUAAAUGUGUUAGGGAGCAGGUCAUUACGAAUACUGACAUACAUUUAUUGAAAAAUAAUAAUAAAGGUAUAAACAGAAAGACAAAAGAUAUUAUUUUAAUACAAAACGUACACACAACCAGAAAAGCACAAAAGCAUAAAUUUGAUGAAAAUGAGAAAGACUUUAUUGUGGAAACUAUCUUACCUUCUAAUAGAACUAUGGAAGUAAAAGCAAAGUCUGAUGUCACGAAAAAUGUAAGUUAUUUCAAGUGGAGUUUGAAUAAGUAUUCACCAACCAACAAGUUCACUCUCGUUGUACUUAGUCUAGUAAUUAUAGUACAGUGUUGUAUAAUUUGUACCAUGAUGUAUUGUUUAUCAAAAAACUGCCCGUGUUGUGAUAAGAAGAAAGUUGUUAGGAAGUUUUUUAAUUACAAACAUGACGCUUCUGUUACUACACCUUUAAUUGCGACUAGUAAUAUUGACACUGAUACUACCGAGUUUCAGUAUUUGAGCGAAUCAUCCAAUAUAGAUAAAAAAAUCAAGUGUUAUAAAGCAUGCCAAAAAGAAUGGAAAAACAAUAUUAAAAUGAGUAUGUCUGACGAUAUUUUAUCCAAAUGUGUAAACAGAAGGGAUUGGAAUAGAAAACCAGGAAAAUCUAAUGCUAUUCCCGAAACUGAUGAGACAGUCGUUACUAAAGACACUGAAAUCAAAUGUGAUGUGAUAAACUUCCAAAAAAACGAAUUUGCUAGUAAUAUAUUUAAGACAUCUGACGUUAAAGUUAAUUUUGAGAAUGAAUUACAAUCUAACGAAAGUGAAAAAGACAUAAGUUCAAGUAAAAGAGCCAAAAGUAUAGUGAAGAAAAUAGAAGAUAAAAGUAAAGAUAAAAAGGAUAAAAUAGAAUAUCCUAAAUCCCAAUGCAAAAAUACAUCUGAAAGAGAAAUCAAAUGUCACAGUUAUAAUAACAUGGACGAUAUUCCUAAUAUAACCGGCUUCCAAACAAGUACACACAGCAAUAAUGUGGGAGUCUACAAAUACAAUAAAAGUAAAAAAGGAACAUUAUCAGCUUCUACUGAAAAAGGGGCACAAGCGGUGUUUUCAAAUGAUUCAAUCGAUGAUUUUCUUUCAGGGCGUGGCAUGUUCUUAACUGGUGAAAAUUUGUCUAAAUACUCAUUCUUCAGUGGAUCAAAUAUUUAUAACAAAAAAACUUCAACAUCAUCGGAUAUAUCAAGCAAAACAUCUAAAAAUAAUUUAGUAAGGAAUGUAUUAUCACUUUUACGAAUAAAAUCCAAACAUGGCCAUUCUUCGGACCCUGGAAAAAAGAAAAGUAGUCAAAAUUUUGAUAUUGAAAUAUUACAUGACAUGUCUCAUGCUUCAAUUUACUCGUCAAGUAACAAUGACUCUGAUUAUAUAAAACAUUUAAAAAUAACCAAAGAGUCGAGAAGUUCUAUGUAACGACAAACAAGAA